AUGGAGCAGCUUCUUUCCAAACCGAACGUAGUGUACACGAAGGCAGACCAAUGCCAAUAUGGACUCCGUGGAGAAUCUGGCCAACCCCAAAGAAAACGGACUGGCUUUGCCACCAACAGCCCGGAGAUCGCCAAGGCUCUAGACGCCCUAUGCCCUGGCGACCAUCAACACGAAGUCAUCAUUGGUGGCACCAAGUCCAAGAAAGCACAAAUCUAUCCGGAAGGUCUUCGGGAAGCCAUUUUGGCUGCCUACGCAAGAUCGAUUGGAGCUGAGGUUUAUACCAUCACCUCCGAACAGAUGUUCCUGGAGAAUGAUCGCCUGAACUCAUUGUUGGCAGUAGAACUGAUGGUGACGGUGACCAAGGAGAACUUGAACCGGAAAGCGAUGAACGAACAAAUGCUCCACUCCCUCUCGAACGAGCUCAGCUUCAACGAAUGUGUCGGAGUGGAUGUGGUCUUCUUGCCAACCUUGGGCAAUCGAGGACUCUUAAAUGGAGAUGACGGACAUCGACAUCGAGAAGACGCUCCAGUGCCGAAGAUCGGCGACCUCAGCAUUGAAAGAUCCAUGAAGCUUCGGAAGGCUGCAGCUCAAGCUUUCAUCGAAGCCGAUGCAGACAACGCCUUGCGGAGAGCUAUUUCAUCAGGACCAAGACCGAUCCUGGACUACGACAUCGGUGAGAUUGUCUACUUCUAUCGAAUGGGAGCGGAUAAAAAGCUCAAGUUCAAACCAGGCGACGAAGAACACCAAAAGGCUAUGGACCAGAUCAAGGCAAAGUACAAGCUUGGAAAAUUCCAAUAUGGAUCUGGAAAAUUUACUGGAAAAAUGUUCGUCCAACAAGAGGACUCGAGCAUCACCGUGAACCAGGAGAACUACAUCCAGGAGAAGCUCUUCGAGAUCAACCUGGAAAAACAACGAAAGAAAAAGAGAUACACCUUCUGUGACGACAAGGAAAUCACGCAGCUCCGACAUGAGUUGGAACAUGGAAAGAUCAACGACACCUUCCUCAAGCUCCUCAACUGUAGCAGCCAAGGAGGCUAUGUGAUGAUCUUUUAUGACAAGAGAAUGGAAACCGAAGAUCGACCUCACAUGGUUUCCGUGACUUCAUGGAAGUCAACAAAACUCAAACGAAAGACAGUCAACACCCUGAGCGCAGAAUGCCAAUCGCUAGUCCAUGGCAUUGGCCAUAUCCACUGGCACCGCUACCUCCUGCUCGAACUGAUGGGCACGACCAUGGAAUCCAAGGAUUGGGAGCGGCAUCUGGCAGCCAUCCCCUAUGUCUCAGUAGUUGACUCUCGGUCGCUAUACGACUGCAUCAACAAGCUGGUGUGCACCUACUCUCAAGUAGAGGACAAGAGAACGGCUAUAGACAUAGCCAUACUAAAGGAUGAUCUCUAUAGAUCAGGGGGUUCUUUACGCUGGGUUGCUGGUGAUAACAUGAUCGCGGACCCCCUUACGAAAAAGAUGAACUCGGAUUUCCUUAGAUGUGUUUGCAAUACCGGUUACUGGUCACUCUCCGAGACAGGCCAUAGAACCCAGUGCACCACGCAUGACGUUCUCUUGGUCUCGCUUGGCCGUUAG